CGCAAACAUUGUAAUAUCAUCUAUAUUUGUACUCGUGUUAAUAAUAAAAUCUCUAUGAGUAAUAUCGUUCACUAAGAUACUGAUCAAAACAUGGCUGCUUGUACAGCUCAUAUGUUAUAUAUUUAUAUAGUUUUUACAGUAGGAUACACAACAGGUAUAGAUAUUACAGUAUGUAAAGAAGGUGGAAACUUCCCAUCAGUGAAUCUGAAUUGUCCUACCAAUGAUGAUAUGAUACAUGUAGAGAGUAUCGUGUAUUUCUAUAAUCAAGGAUCUAGUUGUGGUGGUUCUACAGAGAUAUGUGGUCAACCAUUGACUAAUAGUGAUACAGGGUUAAUAACAUCUUGUAUUGGACAACCAUCACCAUGUUCACAAUUUAUAAGUAAUUAUAGUAAUUGUACAGGAAGUACUGUUAACUAUAGAUGUAUUUCAAGAGAAAAUGGUCAAGAUAUUUGUCAAAGCAAAACAAAUUUAUCAGAUAAUUCAGCCAGGAUAUAUCUGCUUUCACCAAAUUAUCCAACAGCAGCGAGUGGUUUUAAUCUAAAUGAAAUAGGCUGUGAAUGUUUUAUACGUAGUACAACUAUAACAUUUAUAACUAUAUUAGAUCUUGUAUUAAAAACAUCUAAGGAUGGAACAAGAUCUAAUUUAUUUAUACAAUAUGGGGAUAUAACUUAUAAUAGAACCAGUAACCGUCAAUCCUCUCUACUAGAUUAUAAUCACCGACUACAAACAACAACACAAACAGCUGAAAUUAUAUUUACCCAUCAACAAAUAAAUGGACUAAAACUAUGGAUUGAAAUACAAGGUAUAUCUUUGACAGGGUUCUGUAAUAAUACACGUGCAACAACUGUUACACCAACACCCACCACACCAUUUACUUCCCCACCACGACCAGACAGUACUACAACAAGGAGUGGGAUUUCUACCAGUACAACUACAGUAAAUAGCAGACCUUCCAGCACUGUAGCCGAUCCCAGCACUUCAUCUGAAACAUCAUCUACCACUACAGUAAAUAGCAGACCUUCCAGCACUACAACCGAUCCCAGCACUUCAUCUGAAACAUCAUCACAAACAACAACCAAUCCAUUAGACAGUACAACAAGGAGUGGGAUUUCUACCAGUACAACUACAGUAAAUAGCAGACCUUCCAGCACUGUAGCCGAUCCCAGCACUUCAUCUGAAACAUCAUCUACCACUACAGUAAAUAGCAGACCUUCCAACACUACAACCGAUCCCAGCACUUCAUCUGAAACAUCAUCACAAACAACAACCAAUCCAUUAGACAGUACAACACAAUACACAGACAACAAUGUUAAAAAUAUCAUCAUCAUUGUAUUGGCUACUAUAUUAUCUCUUUUAGUGGUAGUGGUAACUAUCAUAGUGUUGUUUGUCAUGUACAGGACAGGUAAAUUACGAUGUCUAAAUCAACCAGGUAAUGUUAGAACGGAGAAUUCAAGGGCGAUAACUCCACCAGACCCUGAUACAGACAGACAUAAUACAGAUAGUGAUUACCAGGAAUUAGAAAUCAGAAAUUCAAACAUUUCUUAUAAUAGUCUUCCAAUUCCUGGUACAGACAUAGAGCCUGGUGCUAACUAUAGUAGUCUAUCUGAUGGUAACAGACUUGAUACUGGUACUGACUAUAGUAGUCUACCUGAUGUUAACAGACUUGAUACUGGUACUAAUUAUAGUAGUAUAUCUGAUGGUAACAGACUUGAUACAGAUAAUAAUAUUUACCUAGAAAUACUGUCAGGAACACCCCCGUCAUUUUAUAACAAUCUUUCCUAUACUAGUGAACAUCAUAUAUAUAGUAAUUAAUAAUUAUCGCAUUUAUAACCCCCCCCCCCAUACUAGUGAAUUAUCAUACAUAUACUAAUCAUUAAUCAUUAUAUACUAAUAAAUAAUUAUCAUACAUACACUAAUUAAUAUUAUAAUACAUA